UGUUUACGAAAUUUUUCAUUGAUAAGUUUAUUUAAUUUAUCGUCGAUUUAUUGUUUUCGUUUACUUAUAAUUUUUAUAAAAAUGAGCACCUUAAGCCGACCAAAAUCGCCUCAUUCAAGCAAUGCAAUUAAAUCGGGAGAAAAAGAAGAAAGUUUCUGGGAUAAGUUUAGUACAUUAGGAAGGAAGAAAGGAACUAAAGAAGUGCAAAAAGUUCAGGAAGAGGGUAAACAUGCAAUAGAUUCACCAGGAGCUCCCAGUCAAUUUGACAUUCCUCCAGAAGAUUAUGCCCUACGUGAUCAUGAGCAGCGUGCUGUAAUUGAUCCUCAGUCGAUAAGCGAUCCUGAGGUAUUGAAACUUCAGCAGAUUUUAAUAGAUUGGAUAAAUGAUGAGCUAGCUGAACAGCGUAUUAUUGUUCAAAGUAUUGAUGAAGAUAUGUACGACGGGCAGGUGUUGCAUAAAUUAUGGGAAAAGUUAACUGGCAAAAAAUUAGAUGUUCUAGAAGUGACUCAAUCGGAAGAAGGACAGCGGCAGAAACUUAAUAUUGUUUUAAAUGCAGUUAAUCAUACAUUGGGCUUUCAUCAAAAAAUACCGAAGUGGUCUGUGGAAAGCGUACAUUCUAAGAAUAUUGUUGCUAUAUUACAUCUCUUGGUUGCUUUGGUACGCCACUUUAGAGCUCCUAUACGUCUGCCAGAAAAUGUUUUUGUUACUGUAGUAAUAGCUCAAAAGAGUGGAGGUGUAUUAAAUGCACAAAAGUUUCAGGAACAAAUAACAUCUGAAUACGAUGACGUUGGUAUGCGGUGCGAAAAAGAUGCUUUCGAUACGUUGUUUGAUUGCGCUCCCGACAAAUUGGCUGUUGUUAAAAAGUCUCUUAUAACAUUUGUAAACAAGCACUUGUCGAAGUUGAAUUUUGAAAUAAGUGAUUUGAAUAGCGAUUUCCGAGAUGGUGUGUAUUUGUGUCUCUUAAUGGGCUUACUAGGCGGAUUUUUUGUGCCUCUUUAUGAAUUUCAUUUGACACCACAAGAUACCGAGCAGAUGGUUAGCAAUGUAGCGUUUUCUUUCGAUUUAAUGCAAGAUGCCGGGCUACCAAAACCAAAAGCUCGCCCUGAAGAUAUUGUCAAUAUGGAUUUAAAAUCAACAUUGCGUGUGUUGUACAGUUUGUUUACAACAUUUAGAAACUAUGCUUAAAAUCGUGCCUUGUAAGACUAACAUAUACAUACGUAAUUUAUUUUUCGUCUAUCUACAAAUUAUCAACAAAAAAUUAAACAAGUCGGUUUAGUGAUAUUGUUCAGAAAAAAAUAAAUUUAAAUUUUUACCCCCAUUAACACAAGGUGUUGACUUAUAAUUAACCCGUCGGUUAAAAAAAUUUGUAUGAAAAAUGUAUGAAAACUUUCACUUUAACUUCAGGUUUAAACAUUGUGAUAAUGGGGGUUAGGUGGUUAAACCAGUAUAACACAACAAAUUUUUAAUAUCUCAUUUUUUUAUUUUAAUCAAAAAAGUAAAAAGUCUUUGUAACCGGAAUUGGCACAUUGUCCAUAUUUAUCUUUCAUGUUAUACCACGAUGGAAAUAUUUUUCAAACAGCUUUCAAUUAUCAAAUAGCUAAUUUAUCUACCCCCAUAUUCAUAAUUAAUUUUUUAAUUUAUAAAAGGUUUAUAAAACAAAAUUGCCAUAAAAAAUCAUGGCAAUUAUAAAAUAGCUAAUUUAUCUACCUCCAUAUUCAUAAUUAAUUUUUUAAUUUAUAAAAGGUUUAUAAAACAAAAUUGCCAUAAAAAAUCAUUUUUAAAAACCUUUGAUAAAUUUAAAAAUUGAUUAUGAAUAAUUUUUCUAAUCUUUGUUUUCUAGAUAAAAUGUAUAAAUUGUCGCAAAAUUAAACUUUCUUAAUGAUAAAGGUUAGGACUUUAUUUUAUAAAUAUCACAUAAACUGAUUUAAACGAAACAAAUUGCUAAAAUAUUUAUUUAUUAACAAAAUUUAACAUACAUGUAUUAUACAAUUUUUUUUACAACUAUAUUUUUUACUAAUAAUUUAUUUUUUAAUAAAAUAUCAAUGUUUUUACUAAUA